AUGUCGGUGCUCAAGACAGACAACAUCAUGAUGAAGUCCAAAACAGGGGAGCAGCGUGUAGAGCGCGCUAAGCCGGAGAACGUGGAGGAGGCACUGCGCCUGAUUGAGGACCUGAAGUUCUUUCUUGCCACGGCGCCCGCGAACUGGCAGGAAAACCAGGUGAUCCGACGCUACUACUUGAACAACGACGAAGGCUUUGUGUCGUGCGUGUUCUGGAACAAUCUGUACUAUAUCACGGGGACGGACAUUGUGCGAUGCUGCGUGUACCGCAUGCAGAAGUUCGGCCGCGAGGUUGUCGAACGCAAGAAAUUCGAGGAGGGGAUCUUCUCUGAUCUGCGGAACCUAAAGUGUGGGGUGGACGCCACGCUGGAGAUGCCCAAGUCUGAGUUUCUGUCGUUUCUGUACAAGAAUCUGUGUCUGAAGACGCAGAAGAAGCAAAAGGUAUUCUUCUGGUUCAGCGUACCGCACGACAAGCUGUUUGCGGACGCUCUGGAGCGAGAUUUGCGCCGCGAGGUGGCCGGCCAGCCGUCUACCACCCGCGCCAUAGCGGAGCCUGCGCUGACCUUUCGAUACGACGACCAGUCUGGAACGUCGCUCUACGAUCAGGUCGUACAGCAUGUGGAUACAAAGAGGAUAGAUAUAUACUCUGGGCCGUCAAGCGUUAGUCAUGUGGGGCCCGAUAUGAUGGAGGACGAGGACGAUGAGGAUGAGGCAGAUGAAUAUGAUGAUGAUAAAGACGACAUACCCGUGGACAUGCAGCAGAAGACGAGAACGAAGCUGUCCCACUCGCCGGAUCUCACCGGUGACCUUACGACGGCAGAAGUCGACCUCUCGAGCGGUAUGGGCGUAGAGGCGGAGGCGUCGACCGCGGCAACGAACUACUCGCCGCAAGAGCUCGUGAUCGAGGCGGUCGACGUCGAUAAUCCCGAGUACGCGAUGGGGGGGAACAUCAAUCCAGCCGACCUGCUAGCAAAAGAAGACGACGAUUUUCCGUUGGACUACUUUCCCCUUGAAAUUGAAUACCCGCGGCAGGAGCAGCAGCCAAACCGACUAUCUACGAACCAGCUUCUCUACGAUACAGAACUCGACGCUUUCCCCGCCGUGCCACACACAGCAGCCCUGUAUGAGCCGCCGUUUGUGCAUGGUGAUAUCUCAACGAAGGUCCUGUAUGGCGCCAUACCGCCUACUUCUACUGCUGCACCUACACCCAUAGCGCCUUCUUUGCAGGCAACUAUCCCUCCGCCGCCAUUGUCUGUGACUAGGACACACUUUAUGACCAAUGGUGAGUACUAUGCAACUGCGAAACCUAAGGAUAGCAAGGCGCGUGACACUGAUGACGAUCCCAGCAACGAGGAUCAGGAUUCCGAUAACGUCAACGAACCGAUAGAAGAACAUGUUCCGAUUUCAAAUAAUCCCAGAAAUAGUAGUGGGAUGGGUGCUUUUCCGCCGCAAGAUGCAUACCUCGGCUACCAAGGCGUACCGCCAGCUGCCAUGUAUCCAUAUGUUAUGCCAGAUGUUUUCUACAAUAAUACAUAUCCAGGCGGCGAUGAGUUGUAUGAACAAUGGAUGCAUAUGCAGUUUGGUCAACCACAGCAGAAUGAUCUGUUCAUGCCCCCGCAAGCGCCAUUUAUGGGGCGCUCUUUCACUCCAAUAUACCGUACCACACCAACAAAUCCAUACAUGGCCAUUUCUCCAUAUCAGUCAAAGCCUCCUACGUCUUCUACUGCAAAAAACUUUCCAUUUUAUCAGGGAUAUUAUGGUCGACGGGGAAAUAUGCACUCAUACCUACGCGGAUUCCCCUCGAUCCAAGCCACACAGCCUUCUUCUGCCACGCGCAUGCACUUUGUUAAGCACAACAGGGUAGGCACUCAAAAUGCGGCUGCAUCUGCUUCAGGAAUAGCAUCAUCGGGCAAGUCUUCGCACAUGUUAACCAAAAAAAAGGUUGUGAAGCCGCGAUCUCAACACAUGAAAAAUACCGGGAAAAUGAGGCGGGCAGAACAAGGCACGAGUGCUCAUCUUGUAUCAAAUCCGAAUGUUAUUAGUGACGCUGUGCGCUCAACUAACCAGACGGAAGAGCAAUCCAUCGAGGGUGCUGACACAGGCUCGCCAGUAAACUUCCAGAAUGUCAUGCCGGGGCCAUAA